GCUCGAAGAGUCUAGGGUAGCUAAAGAAUAAAGCGCCUCGAGAUCCGCCCCACUACCCCUGAACUUGGUUGCUCUUCCCCCACUGAUUCAGACGUCGCGUCGCGUUACGUCAGCGACGAACAGCGCCAAAUAUCCAGCACAUCACCUUUCUUUGACUUCGUUACAGCCCUUCGCUUCGGCAUCCAUCGUCAUUCACUCUCUUCUAUCGCGACUUGGUCGCACGCUCACUUUAACCAAGGUUGGAUGAUUUCUCCUCGCUGGACAUUUGCCGUUGCCUUCCACCAUGCUCCCAACCAGCCAGGCUGAAUCUGCGCGGGCGCAGGACAGCUACGAGCUCGCCGACAAGGCAUCCCACGACGACAGAGCGCCACCUCCAUCACAGCGCAACAACCGAGACAAGAUCAGAUGCCUCGACGGGCUUCGAGGCAUCGCCUGCCUUCUCGUCUUCAACUACCACUUCCUGUGGCCAUGGACACCGUCCAUCAUGCUAGGCUAUGGAGCCUUCCCCCCGGGCGCACCUGAGCCAUACUGGGGGUUGCACCAGCUCCCCAUCAUCUGCCUGCUGACGCGCGGACGUCCCAUGGUGGCCAUUUUCUUCGCCAUUUCAGGCUACGUUCUCUGCCGACACAUUCUCCGGGCCAUUCACGAACGACGCCUCGACGCCGCCUACCGAAGUCUGUCCUCGUCCGUUUUCCGCCGAGUUUUCCGCCUCUACAUACCCCCGACCGUCAGCAUGUUCCUUGUGGCCAUGCUUGCCCAGCUCGGCGCUUUCCGGCCCGAGGACGACAUCUUCAUGGGCCGCGACUCGGUCUACAUCAAUGGCACGGUGACCAAGCUCUCGCUCGGGACACCCUGUGUGAACGGCACAGCUGUCGCUGGGGCGUCCGGCGUCGCAGAGUACCUGGGGCUGCAGACCUCAGGUUACCUGUACAACACGACGGGGUGGGAUGAGUCGCUCUCCCUCUGUGUUAAUGCCACGAGCAAGGAGUUUGGCCCGUCGCGCACGUAUUCGCUGCUCGCCCUCGCGGAGGAUGAGUUCAGGAACCUCAACGGCACCGACAGCGACACCGGAGCCAAGGCGGUCGAGACGUACAUGCAGCAUUACGGAGACGAAUACUGGCCACCCUACCAGGGACCCGUGCCGCUGCACACGGGCAAUGGUACCAACGUGACGCUUUGCGAUGGAACCAAGACGCGCAACACCACAGACUUUAUGCUGGUGCAGAUGGGCGGCUCCUGGGAGGAACAUCCCUUCAUCCACGAUAACAUUACCUACGCGGUGCAGAACUUUACCAGAGCCUACGCCGAGUGGGCUAAUCCAUUCAACUUCGGCCACUAUCACCCUCGCUACGACCCCCACACAUUCACUAUCCCCAUGGAGCUGCGCGGGUCCAUGUUUAUCUACAUCUUCCUGCUGGGCACCGCGGCGCUCAAGGCAAAGUACAGACUGGGCAUUGCCGGCGGCUUGAUGGCGUACUCACUUCACAUGUCCAGGUGGGACAUGGCGACGUUUCUGGGCGGCACGGCUCUCUCUGAGCUGGACAUACGACGGUCAGACGAGUCCAGGAGCCUAGGCCCCCCAGCCACCGGCUCGCAGCGACAAAAGUCAGCCUCGCGGGACACGGCGCUUCGGUAUCUGGGCAUCGUGACGGCGCUGCACUUCCUGUCGUACCCGGACGCUGCGGCCGAAUACACACCAGGCUUCCGGACCAUGGCGAAGUGGGUGCCGCGGUAUUACAUCCCCCUCUCCGGCUGGAUGGUGUACCAAUCCUUGGGCGCCCUCAUCCUCCUCCCCUGCGUGAUGCGCACGCCCUUCCUUGUCAGCAUCCUCGAGAGCAGAUUCGCGCAGUAUCUGGGCAGGAUCAGUUUCUCGCUGUACCUUGUCCACGGCCCGAUCCUGCAUAGCGUGGGCUUUUGGAUCAUGCCCCGUUUGUUCGACUACUUUGGCCAGCCCGUCGGUUUCGUCGUCGGAUGGGCGGUCCUUCUGACACUGACGCUUUAUCUGGCGAAUAUCUGGUACAAGAAGGUUGAUCUGUGGAGCGUGACAGUCGGGAAGAGGAUCGAGAGGAUGGUGGUUCAUUAGAGGUUCUUGCGAGGGUGGUGAUCACGGUGCAUUGAGCGUUUCUCCUUUCGGUUGAUCUGGCUUGACAAUGUAUCAUGAGUUAGACAGUUGCUUGAAAGACCAAACAACACCGAUUUUGAACAGUCUCGCGGAGAUACAGUUGCGUUUGCUCUUCGCUUUCUGAAACUAGGCACGUCCAGCAGCGCCACCAUGAUUACGAA